AUGGAAGCUACUUGUGAACCAGUUGCAUUUAAUAAACCCAAUUUUGUAAAUUUAUACGCAAAUUUAUGUGCAUACAUGAUUAAUUAUGCUACAUUUAAUGAACUACACAACACUGAAACUACUUUUCAGUUAAUUUUAGCACAAAAAUGCUUUGAGGGCUGUACCUCACAGUAUACUUCUCAGGAAGAAGUAUCUAAAUUAAAAGAAAAUUUUAAGAAAAAUACACCAUCCAAUUUUAAGAACAGAUUGAAUACGGUUCAUUUCCAAUACUAUAAUAGUUCUUUAACCCAUUGCAAAUUUAUCGGUGAACUAUUCAAACAAGGGGCUUUAAACGAAAAAAAUAUAUUGGCGUGUAUUGACGAAUUAAUGAAAGUAAAUGAUGAUCAGAAUAUUCAUUGCUUAUGUACUAUAUUACAGAUAGCAGGACCAAAACUAUCAAAAACUCAUAAUUUGGACAGUACAGUAUAUCAUAUUUUAUCAUUUAAAAUUAAAAACCUUGACCUCAUAAAAAUUUCACCAACUCUAAAGUCUUCGAUAUUCAUAAUACAAUACUUGAAUUUUAAAGGUUGGAUAAUAAAUGAAGAAGCUGUUAAGUUAAUUGAGAGCAAUGAGAACCAUAGUUCAUUUGAAAAGUUGCCAGAGGAAUCAAAAAAAUCAUAUGAAUUAAAAUCACAUACUGUAAUGGCCCAGUGUAUUAUUGAUGAAUGUAUUGUUGUUCUUAAUAAUUUUGACGAGAAAAAUGAAAGAAGUAUCAAGGAAAUUGUACGGAUGUUGAAUAAUAUCAACUCAUGGAUAAAAUAUGAUCAAGUAUCAUUCGUUGCUUCUUUGAUACUUAUAACAUUAAAUGAAAGUCAAAGUAUUCGCUAUAAGGCUGGUAUACUUUUAAACAAACUUGUUACGGAACGAUUGUUAUCAAGGGAUUCGGUUUCAUCGGGAAUUGACAAAGUAAUGAAUGACUCUGAAUUGAAGAUUGAACUUCCAAAAUUAUCAGAUUUAUUGUUUGACAUCGCUAGCAAGUUGUAUGGAUCUGAGAAAAAAAACAGCAUUGCUACAUUUGAACUCGGGGCUGCUGAAAACCCUAUUGCACCCCCUAGUUGCGUCUAUGCUUUGAACCACCAAGGGUUCUCAACCCUUUGA